UGUAGGAUUCUGGUCCAGAAGUUCAGUAGAAAAACCGCCAGGCGGCUACCUGAGGAACAGGUAAGGGGAAAGAGGUAAGGGACGUUCGCUGACUCUUCAGGCAGUUCCUGCCAGUGCCUUUGUGAGAGACUUCAAUUAAGUAACUUGGAUACAAACAAAAUCAGGUGCAUUGGGAUCGGAAGGGGUCCCUGUCCUUGCCUGCGAGCAGGAUUUGCACUUCUCAUCAGAAAUAUACCUGUUUGUGACCUUGGUUCCAGGUCCCCCUGGGAGGGAGGAAGAGCCGAGUGCCUUGACAAGGGGAGACAGGCCAUGCCGUUGAAUGUGAUGAUGUCAUGGAGACUUGGCUGGGAUGAUGUCAUAGACCCUUGGCCAAUGGGAAGGCAGUCCAAGGAAUUGUUUGGCCAAAGGGCAGUUGGUUGGAGGGUCAGUUGGAGAAGAGCCGGGGAGGCGGGAGAGGAGCCCAGCGCCAUGGUCAGCAAGCAGGCGGCGAGGGUGCUGAGGCUCAUCACGGGGAGGGGGGCUUCCCCAGGGGCGGCCUUGGGCACGGCGGCCAACGCGCUUGGGGGACAGCGAGGACUUUUCACUCCUCGUGGUCUGAAGAGGCCACUGAGGGACCCGACCCUCCAUGAGUACCUGAGCAUGAAGCUUUUGAGGGAAGAGGGCAUCCCCGUUCCCUACGGGUUGCUUGCCAGGACUCCGGAGGAAGCUUACAAAGUAGCCAGAAAAAUAGGCACAAACGACCUGGUGGUGAAGGCGCAGGUUUUAACCGGGGGUCGGGGAAAGGGGGUCUUUGAAGGAGGCCUCGUCGGAGGGAUGCAGAUGGUCCGUUCUCCAGAGGAAGCCAGUCAGGUGGCCUCCAGAAUGAUUGGGAAAAAGCUGUUCACCAAGCAGACGGGUGCCAAGGGGCGGAUAUGCAACCACGUCUUCAUCUGUGAGCGCAGGUACCUGAGGAGAGAAUACUAUUUUGCCAUCGUGAUGGAAAGGUCCUUCCAGGGCCCGAUCCUGAUUGGCAGCACUCACGGCGGCGUCCUUAUCGAAGAUGUUGCCGUGGAAGACCCGGAGGCCAUCCUUAAGGAGCCGGUGGAUAUCGGGGAAGGCGUCUCGGAGGAGCAAGCCGUGCGGCUGGCCCAGAAAAUGGGAUUCCCCUCCCAGCUGGUGUACGAAGCAGCCGGCCACAUGGUCAAGCUCUACCACCUCUUCAUUAAGUACGAUGCCCUCCUGGUCGAAAUCAACCCCAUGGUGGAAGACUCCACCGGGAAGGUGCUGUGCUUGGAUGCCAAGAUCAUCUUUGACAGCAACGCCACCUUCCGCCAGCAGAAGAUCUUUGAGCUCCAGGAUUGGACCCAGCUGGACGAGCGGGAGAGGGAGCCUGUCAGCACGGAGCUGAACUAUAUCGCUUUGGACGGGAACAUCGGCUGCCUGGUGAACGGCGCCGGCUUGGCCAUGGCCACGAUGGACAUCAUCAAGCUGCACGGAGGCACCCCGGCCAACUACCUCACCGUCGGCGGUGGGGCCACGGUGGAGCACGUCACGGAGGCCUUUAAGUUGAUUACUUCCAAUGAAAAAGUCCAGGCUAUCCUCGUGAACAUUUUUGGAGGCCUGAUGAGAUGCGAUGUCAUUGCCCACGGCAUCAUUAUGUCCGCAAAAGACCUGGAGCUAAAAAUACCCAUUGUCGUGCGGCUACAAGGCACCCGCGUUCAGGACGCCAAAGCUUUAAUCGCCGAGAGCGGCCUGAGGAUCCUGGCCUGCGACGACCUCGACCAAGCGGCGAAAACGGCCGUGAAGCUCUCGGAGAUCAUGAUUUUGGCCAAAGAGGCUCAAGUGGAAGUGAAGUUUUACUUGCCGUCUUGAGGAAGGGAAUCCUGGCGGGUCCAUAACCGCCUAGAACCUUGUCUCCUGCGUCCAAGGAGGCCACUCAGAAGCAGACCUGUGCCCCGGCUACCCCCUGAGUUUAUUUUCAGUACGGCCGCUCUUGGGGCCUCCACCGAACAUCACCCGCUUUGCGACAGCCUUUUUUGGGGUCCUUUCCUCCCAUUCAUGGCUGCGGAAACAAAGUCCACCUUGGGGGGGGGCGCUUAUUCAUUGUCAAACAGAGCUUGCCACUGAAAAUAUAUUUUGUCCCAAUAAAGGUUUCAUGUG